AUGAAUCGAAUAAAAAAGCUGUACGAGCUGUAUGAAAAGAAAGAAAAUACGCCGAAGAGAGAGAAGAUACUCAAGGAGAUAGCAGAGCAUCCUAAAGGAAACCUCCUUUCCCAGCUUGUAUUUGAGAGAGCUGAUGGAAACGUUUUUGCCUCGGCGAAAAAUCAACUUCUUCCAAUGGACGAUGUAGACGAAUACGGACCUUUAGACCAUCUCCUCGAAGCGCGAGAUUGUAUGAGGAUUCUCAAAUUGAAGGCUAAGGAGGAUUACGUCGUCAAUCUACUGAAGGAGGAUUUCCGGGUCAAAUACGGUUGUGAGCCGAGCAGCUUGUCCGAUAUCGCCAGAAUUUUCGCUGAACGAGAAAUAAUCGAGAAAGAAUCCUCAAUAGCGAGUCGGAGAGCCGUUUUUGAAACCGAGGGGAUAGCGAAAAUCGGGAGUAACUGGAUCAUAACUCGUGCUGUUAUAAAUGGCGUUGAAGACGAGCUACAGGGAAACGCAGGCGUAUUUGUCUACAAAAUUUUGCGAGGAAAUGGAAUUCUUCUGGAGAGAGUGGAGAUUCCAAGACCUUUCAUCCGCAACACAAUGAAAAGAUUUCUCCUGGAACCCUUCCUUAUUAUUUUCGAUGGAAGAGAACGAACCUACAGAGUCUUAAAUUUACUGCAACCAAGCGAUCCUCCAAGAACCAUCAGAAGAAACGGUCGAAUGAUGCCUGCUUUUAACGUAGAUAUCUCGAUUCCAUGUAAUUACGGCAGCGAUUUGCGUCUCAAUGGAGAGCUUCGCGAAAGUGUUCUCUUUCCAAUCAUCUACAAUCCAGAUGAAGUCAGCGUUUGCAUCGAAUGUGCUCGAAUCGGUACAUCAUCGAUCGAUAUCCUCUGGAAAGAAACGAUUAUUCUACCUGAAGAAUACGAUGUGGAUCAGCUGAUCAGAUCCGUGACUCUAUUGAACAAUGACAACUUGAUGUUAAAUAUCGAAGAGAACUACGAUGAAAAUGCAAUCACUCAUGGAUACCUCGGUUAUCAUAUUAUUCUUUCAAAAAGAAAAGUGAUUCGAAUUGAUCUUCCGAAUAUUUCGGGAAGUCUUGAUUUUGGAAUCGUCAACGGACGCCUCGGACUGACGAUUUGGAAUCCCUUGAAUAAUCAUGAAGACAGCAGUGAUGAAGACGACAGCGAUGUAGACUACAGUAGUAGAGACGAGCUCGAUGAAGAAAAUGAUACCUUUGAACGUCCUGGCUUAGUGACCUUUGGCGUCUUUUCAGAAAAGAAUAAGUUCGAAGUUGUUUGCUUCAUCAAGCUUUCAAAGAAUCAGGAUAUUCUGAUCCGCCGAGACAUGAUCGUACAAAAUGACAACAGAGAGCGCAGGAGAUAUUGCCCAAGACGCCUGAUAAGACAGCUAGUCGACAUGGAUCAAAAGCUCCCUUCCCUGACCAAAGAAAUAAACGGCGUCACCGUUAGUAAACCCUUCGUUCAGAUUGGUAAACUCACCAUUAUUUCGUCUAUUCAUGUCCUUUAG